AUGACGCGCACCAUCAUCCACUCCGUUACUGUCUUCGACGGGCUCGAAGCGAACAAAGACUUGACUGUCAUCUUCAACGAUACUACAGGUCUUAUUGAGAGUAUAUCCUCAAGCUUCAAUGCCAAUAAUGCACACGAAACCGACAUUCUAGUUGAUGGCAAAGGCCACACCGUCAUUCCCGGCUUAAUCGACGCUCAUGUCCACGUCCACAACCUACAUGUGUCUGACGACGGUGACGCAAAGGAAAUCACGAAGCAGCCAUUGCGUGCAGGCGUAACAACCGUGUGUGAUAUGCAUGGCAUGGCUCACGACCUGAACCAGCAUUGGCAGCGGGCAGACCAAGAGGUGGUCGAGGCCAAGAAACUCGGCCCUUCUGGUCGGGUGACGGUAUCAGACGUCAAAACUUCUCUGUUAGCAGCCACUAUCAAAGGGGGCUGGCCAAAGCCGAUUGUGCUUGGCCGAAAUCCCACCCAGGAGCUCAAAGAAGUCGUUGAGACUUGGCCCGAUGUGACCGAGGAGACUGCAGAGGACUAUGUCCGGAACACCAAGGAACAAGGAUCACAUUACAUCAAGCUCAUGCAGGAAGACUGUUGCUCCAUGUCCUGGGAGACCGGCUCCGUGCCGAGCGCGUCCUUGGAGUUGCAGAAAGCCGUCGUUGCCGCCUCGCACAAGCAUGGCUUGAAGGUCUAUGCCCACGCGACAAGUCUUGACAGCACGAUCCACGUGCUCAAGGCCGGAGUGGACGGGCUUACUCACACUUUCUGCGAUCAGCCACCGAGUCAAGAGCUUGUGGACCUUUACAAAGAGACCGACGCGUGCCUGAUACCGACUCUUGCGGUCACAAGCACCCUCACGGGCGAGGCGCAAGAUGAUCGAGACAAGUUCGCAGAGAUCGCCAUCAAGCGAGGCGUGAUCGACGAAACCACGCGAAACAUCAUGCUAGGCGCCGCCAACUUUGGGGCACCGUCAUCGAAGCUGCAGUACGCAUGGGACAGCGUGAGAGUGCUGAAGCAGGCGGGCAUCGACAUCGUUGCGGGAACUGACGCAUCGCUCGGUCUCAAGGGCACGGCCAUGGGCGCGAGUCUAUGGAUGGAGCUGAGCCAGUACGUGAACCACUGUGGACUGACGCCGGCUGAGGCUAUAACUUCUGCCACUGCCGUCAGUGCUCGUCGAUUUGGCUUUGAGGAUCGGGGAGAAGUCAAAGUAGGAAAGAGGGCAGACCUCGUGCUUGUCAAGGGUGAGCCUCACGUUGAUAUUGAACAUCUCUGGACUGGCGAGGGCAUAACUGGCGUUUGGAAGCGGGGAGUUCGGGCAGGUAUAUUUGUGGCUUGCCAUAAAAUGGACUAG